AUGGGUCUCUACCGCGUCCGCGUGUCCACCGGAUCCUCGCUCUGCGCCGGCUCCAAAAACUGGGUGCAGCUCUGGCUGGUCGACCAGCACGGGGAGGCGGCGCUCGGGUCGUGCCUGUGGCCGGCGCGGGGCCAGGAGAGGGAAUUCAAGGUGGACGUGCCGGAGUACCUGGGGCCGCUGCUGUUCGUGAAGCUGUGCAAAAGGCAUCUCCUUCAGAGUGACGCCUGGUUCUGCAACUGGAUCUCCGUGCAGGGACCGGGGGCCAGUGGGGAUGAGUUCAGAUUCCCAUGCUACCGCUGGGUGGUGGGCGACGACAUCCUGAGCCUGCCCGAGGGCACUGGCCGCACGGUGGUCGAUGACCCUCAAGACCUGUUCAAGAAACACAGGGAGGCGGAGCUGGCAGAGAGAAGGAAGCAGUACCGGUGGGGUAACUGGAAGGAAGGGUUGAUUCUGGGUAUCGCCGGGGCCAAUCUACGUGACCUCCCUGUAGAUGAACGAUUUCUGGAGGACAAAAGAAUUGACUUUGAGGCUUCGCUGGCCAAGGGGCUGGCAGACCUAGCUAUCAAAGACGCUUUAAAUGUUCUGACUAGCUGGAACAGUCUGGAUGACUUCAACAGGAUUUUCUGGUGUGGCCAGAGCAAGCUGGCUGGUCAAGUGGUGUGGGACUCCUGGAAGGAGGACGCUUUAUUUGGGUACCAGUUUCUCAACGGCACCAAUCCCAUGUUGCUGAGGCGCUCUGUGCGCCUUCCUGCCCCCCUCGAGUUCCCUCCAGGGAUGGAGGAGCUGCAGGCCCAGCUGGAGAAGGAGCUCCAGGCAGGCACACUGUUUGAAGCUGACUUCUCGCUGCUGGAUGGGAUCAAGGCCAACGUCAUCCUGUGUAGCCAGCAGUACCUGGCCGCCCCUCUGGUUAUGCUCAGACUGCACUCUGACGGGAAGCUCUUGCCCACGGUCAUCCAGCUCGAGCUGCCACGCAAGGGAUCCCCCCCGCCACCGCUUUUCCUGCCCACGGAUCCCCUGAUGGCCUGGCUCCUGGCCAAAUGCUGGGUCCGCAGCUCCGACUUCCAGCUUCACGAGCUGCAUUCUCAUCUCCUGAGGGGACACUUGAUGGCUGAAGUCAUCGCCGUGGCCACCAUGAGGUGCCUUCCAUCCAUACAUCCCAUCUUCAAGCUCCUCAUCCCCCACCUGCGAUACACCAUGGAAAUCAACAUCCGGGCCAGGACUGGGCUGGUCUCUGACUUUGGAGUUUUUGACCAGGUGGUGAGCACAGGUGGCAGCGGCCACGUGGAGCUGCUCAAGCGAGCGGGAGCCUUUCUAACGUAUAGCUCGUUCUGUCCCCCGGAUGACCUGGCUGACCAAGGCCUCCUGGGAGUCAAGUCUUCUUUCUAUGCCGAAGAUGCCCUGGGGCUCUGGAAAAUCAUCUCUCGCUACGUGGCGGGAAUUGUGAGUCUCCACUAUGAGACGGACGAGUCUGUGAAAGAGGACCUUGAGCUGCAGACCUGGUGUCGGGAGAUCACUGAGGUUGGGCUGCUGGGGGCCCAGGACCGAGGGUUUCCCGUCUCCUUACAGUCCAAGCACCAGCUUUGCCACUUCGUGACUAUGUGCAUCUUCACCUGCACUGGCCAGCACUCCUCCAAUCACCUGGGCCAGCUGGACUGGUACGCUUGGGUCCCUAACGCGCCCUGCACGAUGCGGCUGCCCCCGCCAACCACCAAGGAUGUGACACUGGAGGUGGUGAUGGCAACACUGCCCAACUUUCAUCAGGCUUCUCUCCAGAUGUCCAUCACCUGGCAACUGGGCAGACGCCAGCCCAUUAUGGUGGCUCUGGGUCAGCAUGAGGAGGAGUAUUUUUCAGGCCCUGAGCCCAAGGCUGUGCUGAAGAAGUUUAGGGAGGAGCUGGCUGCCCUGGAUAAGGACAUUGAGAUCCGGAACGCAAAGCUGGACUUGCCCUAUGAAUACCUGCGGCCCAGCCUGGUGGAAAACAGUGUGGCCAUAUGAGCACCCCCAGCCUUUGGCUGCUUCAGUCCCCUUCCAGCCAAGCCACACCCACCGCUUAGUGCU